AUGGCUCAAGACCCACAUGUUGUGGCUGAGCUGUGCAAGGCUCUCCAGCAAACCAAGGGGAAGAAACUCUCAUGCAAGAAGACCACCUACGCUGUCGCUGGCAGUCAAGGCAUCACUGUCGACUCAUGGCGCUUCAAAGACUGGGACUACAAGCGAGACGAUCUGCCCACCUAUGCCCGAGGCCUCUUCACCAACAAGCGCUCUGACGGCACCCCUGAGAUCGUGAGUCGCGGAUAUGACAAAUUCUUCAACGUUGGCGAAGUGCCUUCAACUGAGUGGGCGCACAUAGAGACUCACACAGCAGGGCCCUACGAACUUAGUGUCAAGGAGAAUGGCUGCAUCAUCUUCAUGUCCGGUCUCGAGGACGGCACUCUGUUGGUUUGCAGCAAACACUCCACUGGUGCGAGGCAAGACGUUGACCGAAGUCAUGCGGUGGUCGGUGAGCAAUGGGUAAAGAAGCAUGUCGAAAGCGCUGGCAAAACUACCAAGGAUCUGGCCUACGCUUUACGCUCGCAAAAUCUCACUGCGGUUGCUGAGCUCUGCGACGAUGACUUCGAAGAGCAUGUUCUCGAAUACCCUCCUAACAUGGCCGGCCUCUACCUUCACGGGCUCAACUACAACCGCCCCGAGUUCGCUACGAUGUCUGGCGCUGAUGUUCACAAAUUUGCUGACGAAUGGGGCUUCAAGAAGGCUGAGUAUAUCAUGCUCGAAACGCUUGAAGAAGUCAAGACAUUCCUCAACGGGUGUGCGGAGACUGGCUCAUGGGAGGGAAGAGACACUGAAGGUUUCGUUGUCAGAUGCAAGCUGAGGGGGAGCAGCGAGCAUGGCGGUCCCGAUUGGUUCUUCAAGUAUAAGUUUGAAGAGCCAUAUCUGAUGUAUCGUCAAUGGCGCGAGGCAACUAAGGCUAUCAUUGCUGGAAGAACCCCGAAAUACAAGAAACAUAAGAAGGUCACUGAAGAGUACUUGCUUUUCGCCCGGAGACAAUUGGCCAAGGACGCAAAUAUUGGCAAGUUGUACAACCAGAACCACGGCAUCAUCAAGAUGCGGGACGACUUCCUGGCGGAGAAGGGCCAAAAAGGGUCUGAUAUCAUCCGGGAGGAGCAAGGCGAGGGCGGGGAGUGGACCGAACAUAUCAACAACAUCGUCCUUGUCCCGAUUGCUACCAUUGGCUGUGGUAAGACAACGGUUGCCACGGGUCUGGUCAAGCUCUUUGACUUUGGCCAUGUCCAGAAUGACAAUGUGGAGGGUCAGCGAGGUCGCCCUCAAAGAUUUGCUGCACUGGUAACCAACGCCAUGGGUGCUCAUCGGGUCGUCAUUGCAGAUCGGAACAAUCAUCAACGACGCGAACGGGCUCAGAUUAUGGACGAUGUGCUCAAAAUUGUGCCCGAUGCUCGCUUUGUCGCCCUUCACUAUGUUCAUGAGCCGAAGGGCAUAAUGCUGGAUGGCAUCCGUGAGGUCACUCGGAAACGCGUCCUGGACCGAGGCGAUAAUCACCAAACCAUUCGUGCCGGCAGUAAGAGUCAGCAAGAGAUCGUCGGCAUCAUGGAGGGCUUCCUCGACCGCUUCCAGGGCUGCGACACCUCAGCGGAACCUGAUAGCAAUUUCGAUGAGGUUAUCAACCUGGAUGUAUCCGCAUCGUCGCUAGACAACCUCGAGACAGUCAUAACUCACCUGUACAACGCGUACCCGAAGCUCUUUGGCGGUGAGAUGCCCAGCCACCAAGACAUGGCGGAGGCCAUCGACUUUUCCUUGGACCACCAGGUUACGACCAAGCAUGACUUGUCAUUCAACAAGGCGCCGCGGGUGAACAAGAAGCAGCAGACACCGAACCAGGCUGCGCAGAUUCCGCCAGAGCGAGUCCCUACCCCACAGCAGCUUGUCGGCCAGCUUGAAUAUUUCAGCAUACCAGUGCCGGCCAAGGACAUCACAUCCAUGCUCGAGGCUAUGUUCGCUUCUGCGUCGGCAGAGGAGAAGCGGAUGUACAACCAGCUGAAGCAGACGAGACGAAUUCAGGCAGAGUUUCAUGUCACACUGAUUCACCGUGCGGCAUCCAAGGACAAUGCAAAGAUCUGGCAGCAGUAUGUCGAGGCAUAUACCGAGGCAGUCAGCAAUGCCAACCUCGCCGAUAAGGGCACAAGGACUCCCUCGUUGGGGUCUGCCAGGGUUAAGCUGGAGCGGCUGGUGUGGGACGACCGCGUUAUGGCUUUUGUUGUGCGCGUGUUCCCUUCUGAUGACGGAAAAAGCUUGUCUAGUGCAAACGCGAUCACUCACAUUACUGUCGGCACAGCCUCCCAGCAUAUCAAGCCCAAAGAGAGCAACGACUUGCUAGCGAGAUGGGAGGCUGGAGAAUCUGACGGUGCACGAAUCUUCGAGAAGCCAGCAUCAGGUCAGGCGAUAAUUGAGGCGAAAGUCAAGCCUGUGUUUCAGCGAGGGCGUGGUUAG